AUGGAGGAUGAGGCCACCCUGGGCCAGUGCAGCGUGGAGGCCCUGAGCACCCUGGAAAUGGCCAGGCGCAUGCUGGGAAGUAAAGUCCACGGCUCCCUGGCCCGCGCCGGCAAAGUGAGAGGUCAGACUCCCAAGGUGGCCAAGCAGGAGAAGAAGAAGAAGACAAAGACGGGCCGUGCCAAGCGGCGGAUGCAGUACAACCAGCGCUUCGUCAACGUGGUGCCCACCUUUGGCAAGAAGAAGGGCCCCAACGCCAACUCCUAGGUCCUCUGUCAUCCCUGCUCCCUGAUAA